GAUUGAUGAUGAUAAGAGAGAAUUGAAAAAAAAGUUUGUAACAAAGUAGAUAGAAGCAAGAUGACCGCAGCAAUAAAGGAAAUCAAUGCCCAUGGAGAUCGCAAGUUUUAUUCAGAACCUCUGGAUCAUAUUGGUCGAAAAGAAUUCGUAGAAAUGAUGCUUCUUGAUGGAUGCUUUAUCAUUGAGCUUACCUUCCACAGUAGCAUGAAGAAGCUUCUCACAAAUUUUUAUAUGAGAAAGGCAAUGCGUGAUCUGCUGCUAGUUGAAAAUCAACUUCCUUUCUCUGUACUCUCCAAGUUACAUUCCCUAUCUAGUUGUCUGCCGUUAGACAUUGCGAAGGCCCGCAUGGCGGAUGAAGCAAUUAGAUUCUUCGGUAGAAUGAUGCCAGGAUCUCCAAUUAAUGCACUUACCCAGAAUCAAGACGUUAAGCAUCUACUGGGCUUGCUCCAUGAUCUCUCCUACUCAUCAGAGGAAGUUAAAAGUCCUCACGAGUUAAUUGAUAUGUUCACCCCUGAAAUGGUCGUCCAACAAUGUUCAGCAGCGAUAGUAAGUUUUCCAAGGUCAUGUGAUUUAACCAAAUGGCAAUUCAUUCGUUCUGCGACUGAGCUCAAUGAGGCGGGGAUCAAGUUCCAGAAAAAUCAGGGGAAAUUGUUUGAUAUAAAGUUUCAAAAGGAGGUGAUGUCAAUUCCAACCCUAGUAAUCAAUGAUGAUACAGAAUCCAUCCUUCGAAAUUUGGUUGCUUAUGAACAAUAUUACAGGGGCAUUUCUUCAAAAUGCUUCACGGAUUAUAUUACAUUCAUGGAUGGCCUCAUCAGCACAGGAAAGGACGUUGAAUUACUUUGUCACAGUGGAGUUCUCGAUAAUUGGUUGGGUGAUCAUGAAGUCGUUGCCACCAUGUUUAACAGACUCCGCGACUCUGUUUUGAUCUCAGAAGCGCACUUCUUCUACCCCGAGGUAUUAAUCAGGGUGAACGAACAUUGCAACAGAAAGUGGAACUUGUGGAAGGAAAACUUAUGGCACAAUUACUUCUUCCAUUUCUUCCAAGGCCGUCACAUAUCUCUCCACACUAUUUUCUCUUGUUCGGCCAAGAAGCAAUUUUAGACUAUUCACUUUCUGCACCUCCAUUGCCUUCAGCUGGCUUCUGGAGCGAAGUAGGAGUCAGUGGUGGUUGUGAUUGGGAAGAACGCGUUUGCAACGCUUUUGCAGCGCGUUCGUUUAUUUGUGUCUCCACAUGAUGGCUUGACAACAGUCGGAGAAUUGAUCAUGUGAUAUACCAGCAAGUAUUUGCUGAUGUAAAGUGCGAGGCUUACUCAUUGAUUUUCCCUGCAAUGGAAGCUGCUAAGGAAGCAGAUGCCCACCAUACUUUUUGCGGGAACGGAUUUGUCCACUGAAGCUGAGAGACUGGAUAAAACAAACCUUUACUU